CUCGCCGCCCGCCGUCGCGAGGAGGAGGCGGUUGCAGGGGUCAGGGGUCAUUCGCUGAGCUUCAGAGAAACACCUUUUCCCGUUUAUACAGACUCUUAAGACUCACAGUUACAGAACUAAGAAAAACGUACCGUGAUUGCCUGUAUGUCCCUCUGGAUCGGGUAGCGUACUGUCAGCACCCCGCAUUUCCGAAGGCCAGCUGCUCGUUUGAUGAGAGGCCCAGUUCUGAUGUCAUUGAUAGCAACAUGGAUUCAAAAGAAGACAGCUUAAAUUCCCCAACUCCAGUACUAAGAAUAAGUCAGCUGGAUGCUUUUGAGCUGGACAGAGCCUUAGAGCAACUUGUGUGGUCCCAGUUUGUUCAGUGUUUUCAGUGUUUCAAACCUGGCUUGUUAACACAUUUUGAACCAGAACUGAAAGCCUUUCUGCAGGUUUUGUUGUGGAGAUUUACAGUGUAUUCCCAAAGUGCAACUGUUGGACAGAUACUUCUGAACAUCAGAUAUAAAAAUGACUUAUCUCAAGGACCAAAGUACCAACCAAUGAGUAAGCACCAGAAAUUAUGGUAUGCAAUAUGCACCAUUGGUGGGAAAUGGUUGCAAGAGAGAGCCCAUGAUUUAUUCAGUAAUCACUCUCCAGAGUCAACUAUGCAUAGGGUAAAAUAUAUCAUCACUUUAAUAGGUGGAUUUUUGAAGGUGGCUGGACUGCUAAAUUUCCUCAUUUUUCUUCAGAAGGGUAGGUUUGCCACGUUUCCAGAACGACUCUUGGGAAUCAGAGCAGUUUUCUCCAGAGCUCAGGGUUUUCGUCAAGUCGGUUUUGAAUACAUGAAUCGAGAACUAUUAUGGCAUGGCUUUGCUGAAUUCCUAAUGUUUCUUCUACCACUGAUCAAUACAAGAAAAAUGAAAGCUUUUGUCUCGUCUUGGUUCCUUCCAGUUGGUCAUUGUCAUAAUAAUGACGGCACAUUAGCUAUUCACUGUAAAGAAUGUGCCCUUUGUGGUGAUUGGCCAACAAUGCCUCACACAAUUGGUUGUAAUCAUGUUUUUUGUUAUUACUGCAUUAAAAGUAACUACUUAUCUGAUGCUUACUUCACUUGCCCAAAAUGUAACAGUGAAGUCCAAAAUCUCGUACCUUUGAUGCCCAAAAUACAUAAGUCAGCGUGAUACAGAUACAAUGUGCCUCAACUCCAUUUCAAGAUUUGAAAGUAAAAUGUGACCUGGCAUAUCAAACCAACACUUCAAGGAUCACUGAAUUAUUGAACAUACCACCUUUCAGAUAAGAUAAUAAUGUGAGUUCUUAGUUACCCACUAAAAGUUACAUAGUAUAUUCAGAGUAGGUGGUGAGUACAACCAAUGACUUGGUUAGAGAUCUUUCCUCAACCAGUCCAACAUAAAAACAGAUUAGGUUACUAAUUUAAUUUGCUAUUUGUGGAAUCUUUGAGACGUCCAAAGAACACAAAAGCGCAAUUAUUUUCUGAGUAACCUAUUCAAGUUGACCUUUUUUUAUACAUUUUUGGCGGUAGAAAUAGUAUUUUACUUAAUUAAUUGGAGAAAUUAUUAUAGUUUUGCUCUGUGUUCACUUACUCGUGAUUACAAUAUGUGUGUGUUUAGAAAUCCAAUUU